CUCUUCCCAAUAACAACAGGUUAACUGUGCUAUAGCUGUCGCUGCUGUGAGCUGUGCUAGUUACUCCAGUUGGCCUGCGCUGCUGGAGUGUAAGGUGGUUACUUUGCUCUUGCGCGGGCGGCUGGCGGCAGCAUCACCUCGGUGCUCGGGUGGGAGAUGUGGAUGCGGCCGAAGGGAGCCGGGCGGUGGCCGCGGGGGGCCGGUCCACCAGGGGGCGCCAGAACAGCAGCUCCAUGCCCAGCCGGCGGCGCACGCCUCGGGCCGGCGGGAGGGGCCUCAGGGGCCUGCGCCCCGCCCCCCGCGCACCCCAUUGGCGGAGGGCAGGCCCACGCGCAUGCGCCUGGCCGGCUUUAUAGGGCAGCGGAGGGGGCCUGGGCCUGGGCCGGCGGCGGCAUGGGCGGGCGGCGGCGGCGGCUGCGGCUGCUCCCGCUCCUGCUCCCGCUGCUGUUCCCGGCGCUGCUCCCGGCCCCGCUCCCGUCGCCUCCGCCAGGGAACGCCUCCCUGCCUGCCUCUGGCUGCCCCUCGGAGCAGUUCCCGUGCAAGCCGGGCUCCUGCAUCCGGAUCGAGUGGCGCUGCGAUGGGCAUCCGGACUGCGAUGAGGGAGAGGACGAGUGGGGCUGCGAUGAGCACCUGGACUGCAGGGACGGGGAGGACGAGUGGGGCUGUGAGACGGCGACCCCGACGGAGCCGAGUCCUGCCGACGCCUGGGUGACCCCGCCGCGGAGCUCGGCAGUGCUGCCUACCGACGGCGCAGAGACUUCGGGUACAGCUGUGCCUGAGGGCUCUGUGCCAUCGAGGACUCAAGGCCACUUGUGGAUCUUGGUUAUUGCAGGGAAGCUGCUGAUCUCUGGCUGUUGGCUAACCCUAUUGAGCAGCAGAGUCCAGCCCUGGUGUCCAGGCCAAGUACUGGCUCUUUGCCGUGAGGUGAUGAGAUGGCACUCACCUGGUGUCCCUCCUGCUCACCACAGAGGCUGACUUCAUCGGACAUAAGCUCUCCAAUCUGGCUUCCUGCACUGGAAUAACAAGAGGAUGCUCCCCUUAGAAAUGGGCCUUAGAUGGUAGGACCACUUUGGCCCUGGAAGCAGCACAGAACCUGCCCUGGUGCAGUGAAAUCAGCUCUCACAGCAGUGGCAGACAUUUCUUCCUCCUUCCUGCCUCUAGGGGCUGGUGCUGCCAGGUCUCACCAAUGUGGCCUUGGACACAGAUUUUACUCUCCACGAUAGAGACAGGCACUAGGUGCUCCUGUUUCCUCUCAACUGUUUCGUUCCACUUCCAGCCAAGAGACCUUUUACCAACUGCCACGUUCUUCCCCCUGGAUUUCGUCAGAACAGGGACUCCCUCAUCCAUUUCAUCAGGAGCUGAGUGACUCCACAGGGAUCAGCCAGCCUGUUUGUGCUGCUGUUUUGGGGCUGCUCAGUCCCUCCUGCAGGAAGCAUGUGCUGACAGGUCAACCACGAGGGUCAGCAUUGAAAAGCUUCUGUCUGCUGGGGCCUUGCCAAGCUGCCACCCAGAAUCAGCGUGGGGCAAGCAGCUUCUCCUCACACUCCCUUCCAGCAAGGUCUGUGCACUUCCCACCCCAGUGCUGAGCCCUGGAUGUUGUUUCUCUGUCACUAUUCAAAGUGCCUUCCUUAAGAUUCUUCUGACAUGAAUGGUGUCCCUCAAGUGUCUGUAGCUGUCUUCGUCAGUGUUGUGUUCAGUGGGGUCAAGUGCUCAGCAGGUUUGUGAGUGACACCAAGCUGAGUGCUGCAGUUGAUUUGCUUGGGAGAUGGGAUCCAGGCAGAGAGGGCUUCAGGCUGGAGGGGUGGGCCCAUGAAGUGCAGUAAGGUCAUGUGCAAGGUCCUGUGCCUUGGCUGGGACAAUCCAUGGGGAAGAGAAGGCUCCAGGGAGAUCCUGUUGUGUCUUUUCAGUAAUAUAAAUAGUGACUAAAGAUGCAAUUAAAGGAGGCUUGGGAGGAAGGUGGAGAGAGGCUUUUUACCAGGGCAUGUAGUGGCAGGACCAGGGACAACGGUUGUAAACUGGAAGGGGGUGGACAAAGAUCGGACAUGAGGAAGAAAUCUUUGCCACUGAGGGUUGUGAAGCCCUAGCCCAAGUUGCCCAAAAGUGUGGUAAAUGCCCCAUGCCUGGAGACAUUUGAGGGGAGGUUGGAAGGGCUCUGAGCAAUUUGCUCUAGUUGCAGAUGUCCCUGCUGGCUGCAGGGGGGUUGGAAAUAGAUGACUUUUAAAGGUCCCUUCCCACCCAAACCGUUCUGUGUUUCUGUGAGGUUUGGAGUGUUUGGUUUUGUUCUUUGGGUUCGUUUGUUUGCUUUCAGCUUGCAGUAACUCAUGUCUUGGAUCAGACAUGGCCUGUGCACUGGAGCCUCUCUGCAGCUCCCUGAGCAGCUCCCUGCUGUGCACUUCUCAGGAGAGCUGACAGGGGGGGAAGGAGAUUACUGACCUGUGCCUCUAGGUCAGUGCUGGCCACAUGCUCCUUGCACAGCUUCACUAAGUGCACAGAUGCUAAAAAGCUGCUGCCCAGGCUGCUGAGUUCUCUGCCUUAAAGGUGAGGCUUUGCCCUGCCAAGCAGGAGCCUUCACUUGCUGGCUGCUAUGGGUGUGCUGAUGAGCCCCACCAAAGACUGCUCCGUGUGCUGGGGAGCUCUGAGUUCCUCCAGUGCUGCUAUUUUUAGUUCCAGCCCAAGAGGUCCCUUGCAGGGGUGCACACAACCUUGCUUCUGUUCCCAUAGGGAUGAGUGGAGAGAGUUGUUGGUGAAGCACAGAGGGGAAUAAAGAAUCUGAAACCAA